AAAAGAAGGAGAGGUUUGCCUCGACCUUCGAUCGAAUUCUCCGCAUGCAUCCGUUUCCUCCGUCGGCUUGGAUCACGCGUGGUUUUUACCAAGCAAACCGGAGUCGAAGACGGACAAACCGUAAUAGUGAAAGAAAGAGAGAUAGAACGAUCAGUCCUCGGCGGAUCGGCAAAGCGGGAAGACCUAUUGCGACUUCGACUCGUUCCCGAGCACGUGUUUACCCUUUUUAUACCAUUUACAUUGUUAGUUUCGUAAACUAAAGUAAAUUAUUAUCUAGACCGCAAUACUGAACAUUCAUUUUUACGGCCAACCAACUUGUACCAAGAGAAAGAAUGCAAAAUAAUUGCGAUGACGAUGAUAACGACGUCGUCUACAAGGACAUAGUCAUCGUAGGAAAUGGACCAAGCGGUAUUUCUUUGUCAUAUAUGCUCGCUGGUAAUUGGCCUUAUUAUACCGGCGAGCCUCAUCCCUUCGAUGAAAUGCUGACGGCGCGUCUUCACUACACAACGAGACCGUUUACCAAUGACGAGGAUAUUCUCGAGAAAAGUGACAAGACGGCACAGAAUAAUUUAGAUGAGGACACGUGUUCUCGUCGACAAUCUAACGUUGCGAAUGAUGGUGUAAUACGAGGUAGAGACUUAGCGCACAGUUCACGAUGGAAAUUGGAAACGUUGUCGUCUGGUCUCGAGGGCAGGAGCGGUGGUCGACCUUUGUCUUUACUAAUGGACCAAUUGCAGAACCCAUGCGUUGAUGCAGGUCUCGAUGUGCCUUCACUUUUGGAUUGGAAGUCUAAAGAACAACAUCCGGAACACAAGAUUAUUGAUCAUGUAGUUCUUGGUAAAGGUCAACCUGGUGGAGCUUGGCAGUCUAUGGAUCCAAAUGUGUUAACGAUCAGUUUGAGUCGAUGGAUGUCAUUACCUGGUUUAGAUUUAAGACAAUGGGAAAAAUUAGUAGAGGCUGAACAAGUACAAAAAUCAACAUUGGCGAUCGGUGAUCCUAGUUCUCAUUCACCAAGAGAAAAAAUAAAUGCAUGUAAACCUGCCAGUCGUGUACCAGUAGGUACUGUUGCUACUUAUUACAGAGAUUACGUUAUCAAACAAGGAUUGGACAAAUAUUUCCGAUGUGGGACCAUUGUAACUUCGGUACGACCGAUCGAUACCAUUGAUGUCAAUGAAGAUUUUAGAUGGAUCGUUGAAGGAUAUGCAAAUAAGACUGGUAAACGUUUUGAGUAUAGAUGUCGAAGGGUAGUUCUUGCCACUGGUACUACAGAUUUAUCCAAUCAUUUGGGAAUACCUGGAGAAAGAUCGCAAUCCUCAUGGGUGAUUCAUGAUCUUAAUGAUCUAGAAUCACGUUUAGAUCAACUUGUAAACGUAUAUGGUGAGGCUGCAUUUGAUGGAUUAUUGGAUCCUGUACUAGUGAUAGGUGCUGGAUUAAGUGCAGCCGAUGCUAUUAUGGCUACACGAUUUCGAGGAAUUCCAGUAUUACAUGUAUUUCGGGAUGCAUCUAACGAUUGGAAUAAGGAAUCGAAUGAUAAAAUACAAACUAAUAAUUUGGAUAAAUUACAAUGGCUUCCAAGUUCUAUUUAUCCGGAAUAUCACAAAGUUUAUGAGAUGAUGGCAGAUGGCGGUACGAAUUAUCCUCUUUACAAAUCAUUAUCAGGAUAUAGUCUUGCAGAUCUUAAUAUCAAUAAUGAUGAUCGUAAUAGUAAUCAAUGUAAUAAGCAUACAGUCACACUUUGUGCUCCGAAUGGACAAUUGCAGAAAUUCCGGGUUUCUAUAGUCGCGAUACUUAUAGGUUACAAACCAGAUUUAUCGUAUCUAGAAAACAACGGUAUAGGAUUUGGAAAAAUACCCGAUAGACCCGUUGAUUGUAAAUCAAAUCCGAUCGACGUCGACGAUAUUACAUAUGAAGUUUUGCAAGCACCUAAAAAGGGACUUUAUGCCUUGGGGCCUUUAGUGGGUGAUAAUUUUGUUCGUUUUAUUCUGGGUGGUGCAUUUGGCAUUCUUGCACAUAUUCUAAAUCUUUCUUCGUGAGAUACAAAUUUCGUAUCUAUUUUUUUUUUAAUUAUCCGUCAUCACCUUGACGGAAUGUAUUUAUUUAAUUUUUUGCUAGAAUUCUACCACUGUUUUUUUUUUAUCGAAUAAUUGCAUUUAUAUCUCUCCACGAGUUUGUAAAUAUUUAAAAAAUUUAUUUUUAUAUUUAGACUAUGUGAUGUAUAAGAGCUUUACGAACAUCUGCUAAUUUUAAGAUAUCCUAUAAAUAUUAUUCAUAAUGACUACAAAAAAAGGAACAUAAAUACUACUGCAAUAUUAACAUUUUUGUACGAAGUAAUGUAUAUAACAUAUGCGUACGUAUUUUGCACUUUAUACGUGAACAAAAUAUAUGUACAUAAAGAUGAAACAUAGAUCUCUACUAGUUUUGUUUGAAAGUUCUCGAUCAAAUGUAAAAUAUUAUAAAGAGAGAUAAAUAACAUAUUUACGAAAUCAUAGAUAUUGUGCAUAUAAAUAAUUUUUAGAUGUGAAAUGCACUUGAAGUAUAUACUUAAAAACACACUUGUUGUAUAUAUUAAUAUAGUAUACGUACGAUUA